GAUAGCUGGUAAAUGCCAUGGGUGUAGAGAAGCCCAUUUUGUACAUAUUGGUCAAGAAGGAUGGGUGUUGAAAAUGUUGGGUACUGAGAAGUUAAAGCAAAUACAAUAAAGGCUGGUGGCACAGGAUAAUCAUACUAGCUAAUAUAGCACUUACCUGGUGCUUACUGUGUACUGGACACCGUUUGAAUCACUUUCCUCAUAUAAGCUCAUUCAGUCCUCACUAUUAUUAUCCACAUUUUAUAACUUAGGAAACCAAGGCCCAGAGAAAUUAAGUAACUUGCCCAAAGUGUCACAGCUAGAAAGAGGUGGAAGCUAGGAUUUGAACUCAAGCCAGCUGGCUCUAGACUGUGUUAUUACCCUGUACAACAGAACCUGGGCUUCAGAUUCAGGAGAGGAGGUUGAGGAGGCAGCUGUGUAUGGGUGUGGCACCAUGAAGGGAAUGUGGGUUGUGAGUGCCAUGUCCUGUUUACCAGGGGGAGAAGUCAGACCCCUGAGUCAGAGCUCAUGCUGGGGUGCUUUGCUGGGGCCAUGAUGAUGUGUGGGUGUCCAGGCCUCCGGAAGGAAAGGAUUCCCAGCAUUCCUAAAGCCAUAGCCCUGGAAUCUAGGUCCCUCCUUAGGCUGAGCUAUCAGUGAGGGUUGAGCAGUUUGAGGAGAAUGAAAUUUAGGAAGCCAGCCUUACAAGCAACACAGAGAGCUCAUGUAUAAUGAGAACUGAGGACGAAAUAGAUUCAAAGGCCCAGGGGACCACUAACGGUUGGGCAGAAUGGGCAGUGUUAGGAAACUGGGUGGGAUUGUGAAACUCACUGUGAGCAAACUGAAUAGGCCAAGGGGUCUUUAGAAACCUGUGCCAAUUACAGAAGGCUCAGGAACAGAAAAGGACCUGGGGAUUUGCACAUAGUAGAAUUAAGGAGUGCUGGCACUGCUUUUGGGGAGAAGGAAAGCUCCACCCCACUCCCUGGGAGUGGAGAGGAAGGGAGUGGAUGGGUGCUUUGGACCCCAGGGCUCUGGUCCUGGCAUGGUCUGGGCCGCCUCCCCCACUCCACCAUCGCUGUCAUUCCUGGCCUCACACCUCCACCGCCCCAACACGUGCCACCACGGGGAGCGGCCGGAUCAAGGCAUGACUCUUCGAAGGGUGGAGCCUCACUUAUUCCCCUAUUAAAAGGGGAAAGAGGCCGCGGCGCCGGCCCCAGAAGGGUCUGCUCGUUUUGUCCACGGAGACAGCAGCGUUAGCGACGUCCUCGAAUCCGCGGCGGGCACGAUGCAGCUCUUGGUGAGGGUGCCCUCUCUUCCGGAGCGGGGCGAGCUGGACUGCAACAUAUGCUACCGCCCUUUCAACCUCGGUGUCCGCGCGCCCCGCCGCCUGCCCGGGACGGCGCGUGCCCGCUGCGGCCACACGCUCUGCACCGCCUGCCUCCGCGAGCUGGCGGCGCGCGGGGACGGCGGCGGGGCUGCCGCGCGCGUGGUGCGCCUGCGCCGCGUGAUCAAGUGCCCCUUCUGCCGGGCGCCCUCGCCGCUCCCGCGCGGCGGCGUCGCGGAGAUCGCCUUCGACUCGGACUUGUGGUCGCGAUUGGAGAAAAAAGCGCGGGCCGAGUGCGAACGAGAUGAGGCGGGGAACCCGGCCAAGGAAAGCGGCGACGCUGAAGGAGAGGCGGAGGAGGAAAGGGAGAGCGAGAAGGGGGCGGGGCCUAGAAGCGCUGGGUGGUGCGUCCUCCGGAGGCUCUGGGACAGAGUCCUGGCGCCCGCGCGCCGCUGGCGGCGUCCGCUGCCUAGCAACGUGCUCUACUGUCCGGAGAUCAAAGACAUUGCCCACCUGACCCAUUGCACGUUGUAAUCGAGGAACUCGGAAGCUACAGCCAAAGGAAGCUACAGGUGGGAGCUGCAGCCUUGCGGGGGCUGAUGCCAAGACUACCCUCUCUCAGAUCCCAGGAUUGGCACGUGAUGAGAGAGAUGAGUCCAGGGCAGGAGGGAACGCCCUGGGAGGUGUUGAUGCUGAGUUGGGGAGGCUCCUAGACGAACUCGCCCCCAUCUACUGACUGUGCCAGUCUUACAUUUCCAGGAUGGAGUGGCCAAGGAAUGAUAUAAACAAAGCCUACGUUACCGUGGGAAGAAGGCAGACUGUUUUCUUAGCUGGGACUCUGGCUUUUGUCCAGGGUGGCUCUGGUGUGUGGGAGCAACAGGUCCCAUUUUAGCAAUUCUUUGUCAAUGGUUUGAUUUUUUUUUUUUUAAGAUGGAACGGGAGAGAAGAGGCUAAUUUUCGCGUCAUGUUAAUCUCACUUCUCUGGCAUGUAAGGGUGCUGGUAUGCCUGCUGUCUCCCCACUCCCAGUUCUGUGCUCCAAAAAUUGAGAUGGCUCCCUGCCUAUGACUAUGACUAGGAGCCUUACUUCAUUUUUGAAUCUCCCUUCAACCUGCUAGGGCAGGUAUCAGAAAUUCCACAGGGCAUUUAUGUAAGGUACCUAAUUAGAGCCUAUCAAAGUAGGAAGGGAGAGCCAUUUGGGAAAGGCAUCAUAUUUCAAACUUUUGCUAUUAUCUGUGUUAUCUUUACAGUCACAGGGAAACAAUGGUGCUAUUGAAAAGAUAUUUAUACAAUUUUACAAUUUUAAGCUUGUAUCCCAUAAUGGGACAUCACCUGUUGUAUAUAUGCCAUAAAUUCUAUUUUAAAAUCCUGUAUCUUACCACCAUAUAGUCAUAGUCAAAGACCA